CGUAAUGGCUAUGCAGAUGCAACUUGAAGCAAAUGCAGAUACUUCAGUGGAAGAAGAAAGCUUUGGCCCACAACCUAUUUCACGGUUAGAGCAAUGUGGCAUAAAUGCCAAUGAUGUGAAGAAAUUGGAAGAAGCUGGAUUCCAUACUGUUGAGGCUGUUGCCUAUGCACCGAAGAAGGAGCUAAUUAAUAUUAAAGGGAUUAGUGAAGCCAAAGCUGAUAAAAUUCUGGCUGAAGCAGCUAAAUUAGUGCCAAUGGGUUUCACUACUGCAACUGAAUUCCACCAAAGGCGGUCAGAGAUCAUACAGAUUACUACUGGCUCCAAAGAGCUUGACAAACUACUUCAAGGUGGAAUUGAGACUGGAUCCAUCACAGAGAUGUUUGGAGAAUUCCGAACUGGGAAGACCCAGAUCUGUCAUACCCUGGCUGUAACAUGUCAGCUUCCUAUUGACCGAGGUGGUGGUGAAGGAAAAGCCAUGUACAUUGACACUGAGGGUACCUUUAGGCCAGAACGGCUCCUAGCAGUGGCUGAGAGAUAUGGACUCUCUGGCAGUGAUGUCCUAGAUAAUGUAGCAUAUGCUCGAGGGUUCAACACAGACCACCAGACCCAGCUCCUUUAUCAAGCAUCAGCCAUGAUGGUAGAAUCCAGGUAUGCACUGCUAAUUGUGGACAGUGCCACUGCCCUCUACAGAACAGACUACUCUGGUCGAGGUGAACUCUCAGCCAGGCAGAUGCACUUGGCCAGGUUUCUGCGGAUGCUUCUGCGACUUGCUGAUGAGUUUGGUGUAGCAGUGGUAAUCACUAACCAGGUGGUAGCCCAAGUGGAUGGAGCAGCCAUGUUUGCUGCAGAUCCCAAGAAACCUAUUGGAGGAAACAUCAUUGCCCAUGCCUCAACAACCAGACUGUACCUGAGAAAAGGAAGAGGAGAAACCAGAAUCUGCAAAAUCUAUGACUCUCCCUGUCUUCCUGAAGCUGAAGCUAUGUUUGCCAUCAAUGCGGAUGGAGUAGGAGAUGCCAAAGACUGAAUCACUGGUUUUUUUCCUGUUGUAAACCUUAAGUGCUACAGCCCAGUAGAAAGGACUGCUCCCUGGGGUUCUUCACAGUCCUCUUCCUGUUGUGACUGCCAGGAAAAGGCUUCCGGGAAAACAUCUAUUGUAUUGGCUUUUCUGGUGAUGUAAACAGGAUACAUACAGGUCAGUAGUCACAAACUGAUCUGAACUGUUUUUCUUUCUGGACUAUAUUAAUUAAUCUCUAUGUGAUUUCUUUGGAUUUUGGAGGGGAGUUAUGGAAUACCUUGACACAGUGCCUUGGGCUUGACUUAGGACCAACAGCUAUCUACUGGACAGACAAGUCUUAUGUUUUCAAGAGAACUAAAGCUGGGGAGACCCACCUCUUCUCUCACUGUCUGAGUAAUGGGGAAAUGAUAUACCUGAGAUAAGUGGCAAGAGAAUGGGUCUCCUCACAGUAGUUCUCUGUCAGUAGAACUCUCCUCUGUCAGUCAGAAGCCAGUAUUUCUGAUAAAACAAGUAUUGCUGUUUGUAUAUCUGAAAUGUUUUUGGUUGAAAAGUCCUGAGCAGACCUGCUGGGCCACUAGCCCUUCACUGGCUGCUUGCUUGGUCAUUACUGCUAAAGCCAACUCUUGAUAAUUAUGGGAUCUUGAGCAUUUCAG